ACGUGUCUCUUCCCAACGCAAAACGGUAGCAGAAGCCAAACUCAUAUUCUUACGGUGUCUUUGGGUGCGUUGUGUUGUCUUUAAAACGAAGAAAGAAAAAAAUACAACAAACCAAACUGAGUCACUCUGUGAAAACCAGAAACCCAACUCACUCCUCAAAUGACCAAUUUGCCCCAGUCGCUGUCUAUGGGCGCUGCCUUCGGCGCCGGCGCUCCUCCGCCGCCCUCGCCCAAUGCUUCCUCCGCCCAAGGCUCCGCCGCUACCAAGGAUCGCAAGAUGGCUUCGGCGGAGCAGCUUGUUCUCGAGCUCAGUAACCCUGAACUCCGUGAAAAUGCUCUUCUCGAACUCUCUAAGAAAAGAGAGCUGUUUCAAGAUCUUGCUCCAUUGUUAUGGAAUUCAUUUGGUACUAUUGCCGCACUUUUGCAGGAAAUAGUUUCAAUAUAUCCUGUUCUUUCUCCACCAAAUCUUACCCCCGCACAAUCAAAUCGAGUGUGCAAUGCUCUUGCUCUUCUUCAGUGUGUAGCAUCUCACCCUGACACAAGGAUGCUAUUCCUCAAUGCUCAUAUACCUCUAUAUCUGUAUCCCUUCCUUAAUACAACAAGCAAAUCAAGACCAUUUGAGUACUUGAGGCUUACCAGUCUUGGUGUCAUUGGUGCAUUGGUGAAGGUUGAUGAUACAGAAGUUAUAAGUUUCCUUCUUUCAACAGAGAUAAUUCCUCUGUGCUUGCGCACCAUGGAAAUGGGUAGUGAACUAUCAAAAACAGUUGCAACAUUUAUUGUUCAAAAAAUUCUGUUGGAUGAUGUGGGCUUGGACUACAUUUGUACUACAGCUGAGCGCUUUUUUGCGGUAGGUCGAGUUUUGGGAAACAUGGUGGCAGCUCUUGCUGAGCAACCCUCAUCUCGUCUUUUGAAGCAUAUCAUUCGAUGCUAUCUUCGCCUGUCUGAUAAUCCAAGGGCCUGUGAUGCAUUAAGAAGCUGUCUGCCCGACAUGUUAAGAGAUGCUACUUUCAGCAGUUGCCUUCGUGAAGACCCCACAACUAGGAGGUGGCUACAACAAUUGCUUCACAAUGUUGGAGUGAAUCGUGUUCCUGCACUGCAAGCUGGAGGAGGUUUCGAUCAUAUGAUUGUGACCUGAGUAUAAACUAUAGAUCAUGCUUCAUUGCUGGCCUUACCAUCAUCGCUUUUUGGGUCCUGUUAUAUUUAUAUUUCAUGAAACUCGGGUGUUAAGAGGAAAAGGAAGGUUGUAAUUAUUGGUGCAUGGAAACUAAAGACUUUCUUUUCUGUAUUUUAAUAAUUUGUAUGUAGCCAACUAGGUGGUUCUCUUUACCCCCUUGUAUUUAAGACAUUUAUAUGGUUUUUUCACCUUAAUCAACUUUGAGUAGGUAUAUUAUGGUAUCAAAUAUUUCGAUCGAGGCAUUCAUGAAAGGUGGCCUUUUAUAUUACUCCAACAAACGCGAUCUUUAUUUAUUACCAAUAAAGUUUGGAGUACCUUAGGGUAAAAAUUAAGUGUUUAUUCAAUAAUAGUUUUUUUUCCAUU